AUGUCUGAUUUCGAUUCGGAACGGUUGGGCACUCUCUUCAACAAAUACCUAAAGCAAGGAAAGGAAGAAAUUGAGACCAGCGUUGUGAGUGAUUUACUGAAAGAAUAUGAUCGGAAGAAGUUUGCAAACAUUACUCUAAAAGAUGUUCAAAACAGCAUUGAUAUUGAUAAAUACGGAUAUGUUGGUUUUAGUUCAGUUGAAAAUUUUGCAAGAAAUUUCUUCAUGAACGAAUCAUCCACAGCUAUUCCAGAAAUUAUUUCAUUAUUUUACAACAAUUAUUCGUCAGAUAAAGGAAAAAGAUUUGACAAUAGGACAGAUAGGCUCAUUGAACAAGAAGAUAUGAGCAAGUUAUUAAUUCAACUCUACCCAGAUUUAACACAAGACGACGCUGAGGAACUUUCACAACAAUUAUUUUCAGCAAACACAAGCAUGUGUAGCGUAAAGAAGUUGGCAGAAAAACUGACAAAAUUUUAA